AUGCUUUUGAUGCUGCUGCAAUCACAACCAAACCAACACCAUAAAGAUAAGAUGAAGGGAAAUAACCAUUCACGGAUAAUCCAUUGUACCGUUACUAAUUCAUUGGACAAAGGACCGACUGGUAAAAUCAUGUCCCGGCAUUUAAAAGAUAUUUAUUGUGUGCUACUUAUCAACCUUAAACUACAAGAAAAAUCUUCGAUCCCACCACCCACCGCUUCAAAAAUGAACAAUUUCUUCUCCCUAAGAAAGCUUAAUUACCCUUAUUCUUUCUAUCUACAAGAUGCGAUUGAGAAAAUGCGUAUUCUUAGAAUUGAGAUCCCCAGAUCCGGGUUCCAAAAAUCGUAUUCCUACAGCAUCAAGGACGAUCUAGCCCUUGAAUUGAUGCAUUGUUUCUUCGAAGCGAAGUUUCUUCAUUAUCCUGGGGAUAGAACUAGAAAGCUUCCAAAAUAUGAUAUUCCCCUCCAACCCACUCCCAAAGGGGUGGCGAUCCUUCAUCAGUUUGUUAAGAAGAAUGGUCUUAACAAAGCGUUGUUCCCGCAGAUUUUACGCUCGAAUUUCAAUUCCAUGGAUCUAUUCAAUCUAGAAAAAAGUAUUAAAACCGAUAAGAUCUACUUAUCGGAUUCGUUUGUCGAAUUAUUGUUUAUCAAAUGUAUGGGGGCCCGGCCAAAUGUCUGGAGCACCAAUAAUGCUGUCGAUGCCAUUCCUCGUUCCAUCAUCGAGAACUUGGAAAACAGUGAUCCUGAGAAUGAAGAAACUAGUAUUUUCAACUUCGAUAAAUUUUCAUUCGAGGAUCUAAUCGUAUAUGAUGAGAAGGAACCCUUGCUUAACCACAAUAGCCAUCAACCACAAGAUGAGGAUUUAGUGGGCAGUUCCGAAUCCCGGAAAUUGUUCAAGCUAUCCAAUAGACCGAGGCUGCAUCUUGCGCCACAAUCUUCUGACAGCGAAUCCAGCACGAUUUCUCCAUUUACUCAUAAGUUCUUCACCAACCCUGAAUCGGAUGCCCAUACUCAGUACUAUGUUUCUAACAAAGGGGUCCGGUUAUUCAAGGAUAAAAAAAUUGGCGAUGCUGUGCAAUCGAUUGAUUAUUGUUUCAGCGGGAAAGCCCUUUGUCAGUGGAUUAUGGACUGUUGUGAUGUUUUGUACAUUCAAGAAGCUUGUUUAUUAGGGCAAUUUUUCAUGAAACUCAAGCUAAUCGAGCCGUUGAAUCUGCUUACCCAAUAUCCAGACCGGUUUAAAAUCGGUCGUCUGUAUCUUUAUAAAUUGACAUCGAAUGGCAGAGAGAAAUGUCACUGGGAUAAGAGUAAUGAGGAAAUCGUGAGAAAUAUUAAACGGAUUGGGGCAGAAACCAGAAGAGGAUCCAUGACCUCGAUCAAUAUGGAGUACAUGCAAUCCAAUGAAUCGGUGAAUGAUGAUGAUGAUGAUGAUAGUUGUUCUUCAGUUGAGAAACUCAAUCAAAUGAUCAUUAACAAGAUCCCACAGAAAAAAAUCAUUCUCCGAGAUGUUUUGAAUGAUGCAGGGCUAAGAUACUUAUUCAGAUGUCAUUUAGAAAACGAGUAUUGUGUGGAGAAUUACGAUGCUUAUCAUUUAUUACAGGCUUUCAGAAGGGAUAUGAAAGUUUUGAGGAAGAAAUUACACAAAAAUAAAUCAAUGCUUCAAAACAAGCAAUAUCUCCUCCAUACUAUUCCUUCCAAUAUUGAUAUUGACCAACACCAACAACGUGCUAUGAAGAAGCUGAUUCGUGGGUGUAUCAAACACGCUAAUGAUUGUUUGGCCAACGCUUACAAUAUCUUUGGAUCAUACCUUGUGAGUGGGGCCAUCAACGAGGUCAAUAUCAAUUAUAAUGUCAAAACCCAAAUCACUAACGUCAUGACCCAUCCAAAAUCCCCGGUAUCGACGGCGUUUUUCACUCCAGCCAGCACCAAAUUUUUACUCCAAGGUCUUGAAACUGAUUCCAUGGUGAGUGUGGAAAUUUCUAGUAAUGUGGAAGACGAUAUGGUAUUAUCGAAUGUUAAAUCAUUAUCCAAUGGAGAAAAUGACAGUGGUGCAAUGAUAUUGGGAGCCAGUAUCGAAGAUAAUGAUAGUUUAAGUGAUGAUCAGUCCACGGUGCUUGCGUCUCCAACUUUAAUCAACCAUAAUAUUUUAUCCACUACUGAUGUCCCCAAUGAAGAAAUAUUUAGCAGUAGCUUGUUUGUGUUGAAUAGGAUUUAUUUAUUAUUUGAUAAAGUGGCCAAAGAUUUGUACGUGUUGAUGGAAAAUGAUUCAUUACAGAAAUUCAUCGAGUCGGAUAUUUAUAAACAGUCAUCGGAAAAGAUGAAAGUUUUCCAAGUUAGAGGCCAUUAA